AUGGGGGGAUUCUACGAUGCGGCUACGCAACAGAAUGCCUUUAAGGCAAUGAGUCAAAUGUGGCAAAUGGAUCAUUAUCAGCAAGGAUAUGUUGGAAAAGAUGGUCAAGUUCCAGCGACAUUCACCCAUCCAUUCGCUAACUUCGCCCAACAACUCACCUCCAUAACUCAAUCGAUGAGAGAAUCACCAGCCCCAUCCAAAAAGAAACCUCAUCCUGUGCCUCAGGAAAUGAAAGACGAAGCGUAUUAUGAACGCCGAAAACGAAACAACGAAUCCGCACGACGAUCACGAGAAGCUCGACGUCAGAAAGAGGAUGUCAACAGUAGGAAGUUGGAGCUAGUGCAGCAGGAUAAUCUACGCCUGAAAGCUGAAUUACAACGUGUUGUAAUGGAAUUGGAACGAUUAAAAUACAUGGCUGCUGUACAAGGAGUUCAACUAUAA